AAGGAACCACCAUUAAACUAGUACACCAAUCUCUUAAUCAGUGGUCCAGAUUCUUCCAAAAAUAACAGGUCAGCUACUUCUGACAUCCAUUUAAUUUUAUGUAUUGAUCAUCAUCACCCAUACAUCAAGCAGUAAAUUUCCACAAUUAAAUUGCUGUGCUAGCUUCAAAACAAUCCCUAUCAUUAAAUUGAACAAACAAUCUCUUUCUUAAUCAAAUCUAAGCUUUACUUAACUCCCAUAUCAAGAAACAAAAUUCUCAAGUAACUUUGAAGAACAUGCCCCCUUUAUUUAUAUGUUUUAACUUGCUAGAAUCCCAGGUACAUGAAGCAAUAAAACAGUGCUCGGGACUAGACAGCAAAAAAGAAGAGAGUAGUACACUCUGCUGUUGUAUAUAGCUCCAUUGCAGUUGAGGAGUAUAGUAUCAUAUUUUAGUGCAAAGAGAUAAAAUCAUAUACCUCUCAAGUCUCAAUGAUGAGUGAUGGUGGUGGCAAUAAUCUCUCAGAUGAUAAGUGUUGUGGAAACGAGGAGAAUCCCGGCCUGGGAAACAAGACACUAAGAGAAUCGGACACCAAAUCCUUCAGGUUAAAACAGGAUGAUAGGUUCUUCUCCAAGAUAAUAGCCAAGGAGGCCUCAGAGGUCAAUUCUUCUUCAAGGGUGUUCUAUUAUGGACAAACAUCAGUUGCAGUUCCUUUCACGUGGGAGGAAAAACCAGGUACCCCUAAGCACCCUUUGUCAGAGACCUCUCUGCCUCCCCUUACACCCCCACCUUCAUAUCAUACCAAAACCAAGUCCAAAAACAAGGGAAGAAAUUCAAAACUCAACAUAUUUUCAUGCAUUUUACAAAGAUUUUCAAGCUCAAGGAAGAGUACUAAUGUAUCAUCAUUUUCAUCUCCGUCAUCUUUUUCAUCGUCCUCAUCGUCGUCGACCUGGUCAAUGGUAUAUCCAUCUUACUCUAAUUCCAUAAGAGACAGAAAUAAGGGAAGCUUCUCUUUAUCAGGAUCAACCACUGUUAGCUCUUUUCUGAAACAUAAAGCUUCAAAUAGAGUUGGAGGAUGCUACCCUUUUAGUAGGAACAUAAAGAAUACAAUAGUAAGCCAUGAACAGUUUAAUUAUGAAGCACUUAACUUGCAUACCAUCCCUAAAUCACUCUAUUCAUCUCAUCCCAUAGGGGGGAAGUGAUACUAAUGAGAUGUCACCAGCUAGCUAGAAGUAAUUAAGCAAGCUCAUCUUUUGACCUCUAUUGAUUUGAAUUUUGCAAGGAAUGUUUGUGGCAUUAAAAAUAAUUGCUUGGAAAUGAUAAUUGGAUUCAGGGUUGGUUGAUAUUGAGUGCAAUUAAUUGAAGUAUUCUCUAAGCACAAAUAUGUGGCCAACCUGAAGCAGUUGAAAUAUGGUUCUGGGAUUUGGUGCAUUCGUGCAGAAGAAGGGGACUGCAAUUGGAGCCUUGAAGUGUAUUAAUAUUAUAUUGGUAAAUUGGGUUUGGGUGAGAGGACACGGUGGCGACUUAUAAGCCUCAAAAUAAGGGUCAAACAAGAACAGAUGGUGCCAUUACCUUAGAGUUUAAGCAUUCCUUUCCUUUUAUGCAGUUUAUAAUAUGAAAAUGUUAGUCAGACAUUCAGAUUUCGUAGACAUUUAAUUGACAUACGCUUUAGUGAUGGUUUUUAACCUCCGCUUAUGUUUGAGGCGGUAAAAAAACGCUGCUAAAAUAUAUGUCAAUUGAAUGUGGCAUAAGAACUGAAUGCUUAUGUAUAAUCACCCUUUAUAUAUAAUAGCAUCCUUCCAAGAACAAUCCUUCUCUGCCCUCUC